CUUUUCAUUUUUUGUCAGGUACAACCAUGAGACAGACUCUGCCCUCUGGCACCAAAGCAACCGCAGCGACAUGGACAAUGACUUUUAUUUUCGCUACCCAAGUUUUCAAGAUGUCCAUACCAUGAUUUUCAUUGGCUUUGGUUUCCUGAUGACCUUCUUACAACGCUAUGGGUUCAGCAGCAUUGGCUUCAACUUUCUCCUGUCAGCCUUUUCUUUGCAGUGGUCCACUCUGGUCCAGGGUUUCCUCCAUUCCUUUCAUGGAGGCAAGAUCUACAUUGGUGUGGAAAGCAUGAUCAACGCUGAUUUCUGCACUGGAGCUGUUCUGAUUUCAUUUGGGGCAGUGUUGGGCAAGACAAGCCCUGUACAGCUGCUGCUCAUGUCUCUACUGGAGGUGACACUGUUUGGGGUCAAUGAGUUCAUCCUCCUCAAUCUUCUUGGGGUGAAAGAUGCUGGGGGCUCCAUGACCAUCCACACAUUUGGUGCCUACUUUGGGCUUGUUCUCUCCAGAGUUCUUUACCGAUCACAACUGGAAAAGAGCAAACACCGGGAAGGCUCUGUCUACCACUCGGACCUCUUUGCUAUGAUUGGAACUAUCUUCCUGUGGAUCUUUUGGCCAAGUUUCAACUCAGCCCCCACAAAUACUGGGGAUGGUCAGCACCGAACAGCCCUCAAUACAUACUACUCCCUGGGGGCCAGCACCUUGAGCACCUUUGCCUUUUCAGCACUUCUAAGCAGAGAAGGGAAGCUGGACAUGGUUCACAUCCAGAAUGCAGCGCUGGCAGGUGGGGUGGUUGUGGGAACUUCUGGGGAAAUGAUGCUUACACCUUUUGGGGCUCUUGUUGCUGGAUUUCUGGCUGGGACCAUCUCUACCCUGGGAUACAAGUUCCUCAUGCCCAUUCUUGAGUCAAAGUUCAAAGUCCAAGACACAUGUGGAGUCCAUAACCUCCAUGGGAUGCCAGGGGUUCUGGGAGCCCUCCUUGGUGCUCUUGUGGCUGGACUGGCUACCCAUCAAACCUAUGGAGAUGGAUUGGAACAUGUAUUCCCCCUAAUUGCUGAAGGUCACCGAAGCGCAACAUCUCAGGCUGUAUACCAACUCUUUGGGCUCUUUGUCACCCUCAUGUUAGCUUCAUUGGGUGGAGGAAUUGGAGGGCUUCUGCUGAGGCUCCCCUGCCUGAGUACCCCUCCUGAUUCCCAAUGUUAUGAGGACCAGAUCUACUGGGAGGUCCCUCCGGAGCAUGAAGAUGAAGUCCAGAGACACUUGAGAACCAAGUGAAAUGUUUAACCUGAGACUACUGAAGAGUGAACCCAUCAUUUGUACACAUCUGUCACCUCUCCUUACUCAGCUGAAUCUUGGAAGGCCUUCCCAUGACCUAGCCUCCUUCCACUCUGCUUCAGUGCCAUAUCCUUUCACCCUCCCUAACGUGACAACAAAGUCCACUUGGUAUGAAAUGGGUGAUGAAGACAAUGGAGCCUCAGGGGGUGCCAGACUGGAUUCAUGGGCCCAAUUGCUUGACUGAACCGGCCCCUAACCCGAUUGAAGUCUCUUUCCCUGGGUGGGGAGAAUGAAUGAGGCAUUAUGCAGAGAUACCCCAGGAGUGGAGGAGGAAGGCCAUAGAAGCCUCUCUUGUGAUCUGGGGAUUCCUCCUCAGAAAAACCUCUAAUACAUCACUGACCCAUUGUGGCCACUAGAGGGAGCCCCAAGGCAGGCAGAAGAGGAUAGCAAACUUCUGUCUAGGCCUUGCUCCCUCUCCCAAAGUCAUUCCAGGCUUCCUCUGCCUCGACAAAGAAGGGUACAUUCAAAUUCCAGCCCAGAUGGAUGAGGACAUAGGAGUCAGCUUUUCCCUUCUCUCCAUGUGAAAAAUGUGUCCUACCAACUCAACUCCAUCCCGUCUUCUCCAAUUCAAUUCAAUAAACAUGUUUAGGUGCCCAGUGGCAGCUAGAUGUCUUGGUGGAUAGAGUUCUAGGCUGGGAGUCAGGAAGACCUGAGCUCAAAUAUGACCUCAGACACUAGACCCUGAGCAAGUCACUUAACCUUUUGUGUCUCAAUUUCCUCAAUUGUAAAAUGGGGGUCAUAACAGCACCUCCCCCUCAGGCUUGUUGUAAAGAUCAAAUGAGAUAAUAUUUGCAAAGUGCUUAGCAUGGUGCUUGAGUGUCUGUGCCUAAAAUCAGGAAGAUUCACCUUCCUGAGUUCCAGUCUUGCCUCAAACACUU